UCACCAACAUCAUACUAAUCUUCAUCAUCAUCAUCAGCUUACAUACAGUCGACCUGACAGACCAGACGUUGAGUCUCUUCAUCAUCACUUCGUCCUCCUCACCAUCUUCAGCAUGAAGACCAUCUUGCUCCUCUCUGUUUUGUUCAGUGUUGUUCAAUCCAUUAUGGCAGCAGCAGUUCCUGUUGAGGCAGAACCAGCUCCAGUAAAGGUUGGAGAGGAAAAAAAGGAGGUAGAGCCUGUUCAACCUGAAGUUCCUGUUGAAGCAGAACCAGCUCCAACUGAGGCUGGAGAGGAAAAACUGGCGGAAGAGCCAAAAGUUGUUGAAGAGGAGAUGGAACUCUCACCUGAAGGUGGUCUCCAAUCUCAUCCUGCUGGAUGGAACAGAUACAGCUCAGGCUGCUACCUGUUCGUGACACCCAGCAGAAACUGGGACGCUGCUGUGACCUUCUGUAAACGUUUGGGAGCUUCUUUAACUUCUAUCCGUAGUCCAUCUGAGUACAGAUUACUGCAGCAUUGGACCAGGAGUGAAGGAUACUACACCUCCUGGAUUGGAGGUUCCUACUACCGGGGCUGGAGAUGGUUGGAUGGGAGCCUCUUCAGCUACCAGAACUGGUACUCACAGCUGAGUGUUACCUAUAAUCCAUGCGUCUACCUGAACACCGGCAGGGGCUGGUCCAACAGCAGGUGCAGCAUAGCGAGACCAUUUAUCUGCCAAAAGAGAAGUUGCUGAAUAUAAGUAACAGCUUUGUCAUCAAAACAAGUCAAAAAGUCCACAUAAGCGUGCUGAAAAUGGACAUUAAAAAAAACACAACAAACAUUAGUUUGAGAUUGUGUUGUACCUUUGUUUUGUUGCUUUGUAUAAUGUUACUUUGUUCAAUCACUUUUUAAAACUGUAUAUCAUGGAGUUUUUCUCUUUUAAUUUAGACGGGGAAAAAACAUUACUUGAAUAAAGAAAAUUAAA